UCGAUAACAAGUUUCGAUAGGCAACAGUCGGACGUGUCACAAUUAGAACGCAAAAGCAAAACAGCAAAGCCGCGCAUUUAUUAACAACAAAAGAGAGCUUUAUAACCCAGGAAAAAUGGCUGAUGAACAACCCAAUCUUGUUGCUGGACACCCACCUGCAUUAAAGGCAGGUGGCAUGAGGAUUGUACAGCACAAGGCUCCAACUGCUGAGCGUGCGCCCAAGGAUGCCGAGGACUGCACUGGACUUACGCAACCUAUUGCUGUGAACUCGGGAUCGGUGAGCGGUGCCCCCGUCAAGGGUAACACGGACUUUACGCCCGCCUCCGCCCAAGUGGCCCACUCGCCCAAGCCCCCGGCCGCAGUGCAGCAGAAGCCCCAGAACCACAUCCAGCAGCCACGCAAGUGAUAUGGAUUCCGGCGGGCAACUUAUAAUCAUAAUUCUAACUAUUUGAUCUUUUGCUUAAAUUCUCAAUGGUAUUGAAGUCGCCUAUGAAAGCGAUAGUUACUUUAUAUGCAUUUGCUACUGCAUUCCAUAAAUGAAUUAUGUUGAUUCUCUGAGUAAAUAUUUUGUAAUAAACUGUAUCCUUUUUUAUAGA